AUGGCCUCAGGUGUAACAUGCACAGAUGCCUGCCUCGAUAAGUUCACCGAAUUGAAAUUGAAGAAGUCAUGCCGAUAUGUCCUUUACAAAAUUGUUAAUGAAAAGGAGAUUGUCAUCGACAAAAUUGGCGAGCGAUCUUGCACUUUCGAGGACUUCAAAGAAGAACUUAAGUCCUGCCUGAAUGAUGCUCGUUAUUCAGUCUUUGACUUUGAGCCGUCUGAGAACAAGCCAAGCCUUAUUUUCGUGACAUGGAUUCCGGACACUGCAACUGUACGCACGAAGAUGUUGUACGCUUCCUCAUUGGAUGCUCUUAAAACCAAGUUGGUCGGCAUCAAGGCUGUCAUCCAGCUAACGUGCAUCGAUGAUGUGACCCCUGAAUACUUCGUCAGCUGUUUGCCAACACCCCGCAACUAA